AUGUCGUCGUCACGUCUUCAAGAGCUCCAGCGAUGGACCAACCAGCACGUCUUCUCCUCGUCGCUCGACUACUGGAAUCAAGAACAGCCGGUCCAGCCGCCCAAUUACGGUGCCUGACCUCGAGUGACAGAGUUGUGACGUCGGUUCAGGAGCUACUACGGUGGCUGAUGACGUUACAACGGAGCAGCCGACGGAAAAUGGGAGGCACAUGGAGACGGUGGUCGAAGAGCCUCCUCCUGAAGAGCAUGCGGCGUCGUCGGAGAAGAUUUCUGCUCUGCAGGCUUCUUGGAACGUCACCAACGCAAUCCAGGGCAUGUUCAUAGUCGGAUUGCCUAUCGCAGUCAAGGUAAACCGUAGUAAAACAACCUGAGAAUAUGUAGCAGAGAGAAAUCGCUCUAAAAAAGCCAGAAGUGAUAAGCUUUAAGUAUUUUUCUAGUCAAAUUUUAAUUUAGAACAAUUGAAAAGUCUUACUGUAAGUCGCAAACUUAAGGUUGGCGGUUGGUGGUCGAUUCUGGCAAUGAUCGGAGUGGCCUACAUCUGCUACUGGACUGGGGUGCUGCUUAUCGAGUGUCUCUAUGAGAAUAAAGCAAAAGUGCGCCACAGCUAUCGGGAGGUAACUUCCAAAAAUAAACAUAUUAAUCGUCGUUUUCUGUUUUUGAACUGUAUCCAAGCAAGAGGGGAACAAAUAUAGUCUGUUCAGAUUUUGAAUGUCAAGUCGUCGCUCAAGCUCCGCCCCCUAAUGGCGCGAUAAACCAAUCAGAGAGCGAGCCAUCCACAGAGCAUUUUUGAAUCACGUCAUUCUACUUGACAUUCAAAUUCUGAACGGACUAUAUAAAAUAAUCUAGCGAUCGAUCAUCGCACAUGCACGAGCUUGAUUAUCAGAUCGCCGACUUCUACCGACCGGGAUUCGGCAAAUGGGUGCUCUCGGCUCAGUUGAUCGAGCUCCUCUCGACGUGCAUCAUCUACUUGGUCCUGGCUGCAGAUCUUCUCCAAAGCUGCUUCCCGUCGAUCGGUAAUCUUGUUCCUCUCGACGCUAUGAGCUUCCAGUCUCUAGACAAGGCAGGUUGGAUGAUGUUGGUGAGCGCAUCGUUGAUGUCGUGCUCCUUCCUCGACGACCUUGUCAUCGUGUCCCAACUUUCGUUGUUCAACGCCAUCUCGCAUCUCAUCGUCAACGUUAUUAUGCUCGUUUAUUGCCUCGCUUGUUUCAGGUUUGAAAUUGUAAGGAAAGAAGGAUUGGAGAGCUGAAUUUCAAGUGAUUGGUCCUUUUCUUCCGUAACAUUCGCUCUGAACAUCAACACCCUGCCGACAAUGAUUGGAGUCGUCGUCUUUGGCUACACAUCGCACAUAUUUCUACCCAGUUUGGAAGGAAACAUGAAGGUCGCGAAAAAUUUAGGCUUUUAACCAUCAGAAAAUCUUCCAGGACCCGUCGCAAUUUAGCGCGAUGCUCAAGUGGUCUCACGUCGCCGCUGCCGCAUUCAAAGUGAUCUUCGGUCUUCUGGGCUAUCUCACUUUUGCAGAACUAACACAGGUAAGAUAGUUUGAAUAAAAACAAAAAUAAUGAUGAAAUAAUUUUACAGCAAGAGAUAUCAAAUUCCUUGCCGAACCAGGGAUUCAAAACACUAGUUAACCUGGUCCUGGUGGUGAAAGCCCUUCUCUCGUACCCUCUUCCUUUUUAUGCCGCUGUACAGCUUAUCAAGCACAACCUUUUCCGUGGAUACCCCGCUACUCCUUUUACUGGGUGAGAAAAGGAGGCGUUUUAUAACUUUUCUUUCCAGAUGUUACUCUCCUGACGGAUCUUUGCGAGAAUGGGCUUUAACAUUGCGGAUAGUUCUUGUUCUUUUCACGUUAUUCAUCGCUUUAUCUGUCCCGUAUCUUAUUGAACUUAUGGGUCUUAUUGGAAAUAUCACAGGUGAGCUCAACCUUAAAUAAAAUAAACAUUAUCGAAUAAACUAAGGUACGAUGCUGUCUUUCAUUUGGCCCGCGAUGUUUCACUUGAGUAUUAAAGGUGCAGUUUUGGUUAACCGUGAUAAGAGGUAGUUUGAAAAUUACUCAAGUUCAUUGAUUUCUGAAGCCCAGGUUCGACCAAUUCAUCAUCGGUCUAGGAAGCACUAUUUGCAUAUCUGGCGUCUACUUCUCUUUCAUGGAGCUUCUUCGAGCAAUUAAUGCUGACGAUAAUUGA